AUGGUUUCACCUGUCACCGUGGUGAAGAGUGAAGGCCCGAAGCUGGUGCCUUUCUUCAAGGCCACUUGUGUCUACUUUGUCCUCUGGCUACCCACCUCCAGCCCCUCAUGGUUUAGCGCUCUCAUCAAGUGUCUCCCCAUCUUCUGCCUGUGGGUGUUCCUCUUAGCCCAUGGAAUUAGCUUUUUGGGAGCUCACUCCAGUGCCAGAAAAAUUUUGGCUGGGCUCAUUUUCUCGUCUCUCGGAGAUGCAUUCCUAAUCUGGCAAGAGCAGGGAUACUUCAGCCAUGGGCUGCUGAUGUUCGCCAUCACUCACAUCCUGUAUUCUUCUGCCUUCGGCAUGAAACCUCUCAACCUGUCAGUCGGGCUGAUCAUCGCUUCUGCGUCAGCACUCUGCUACACCUUGCUGUAUCCCUACCUGUCUGGUCCCUUCACUUACCUGGUUGCGGUAUACAUUGCUCUCAUUGGGUUCAUGGGUUGGCGGGCCAUCGCCGGAGUGCAGCUGGCCAACGACCUUUGGACCUGGACCAAGCUGUCGGCCUGCCUCGGAGCUGUUCUCUUCAUGGUUUCUGACCUCACCAUCGCUGUCAACAAGUUUUGCUUCCCCGUGCCUCAUUCCAGAGCAAUCAUCAUGGCCACCUAUUAUGCCGCACAGAUGCUGAUAGCCCUGUCUGCCGUGGAAUGCCAAGACGCUGACGUAGCUCGGAAGCGAGCCUGAGGUAACGCCUUCACCUCGUCCCUUUGUCAACACAAUGGAACAGCCUUGCAUCCUCGUUACCGUGGAUACCCCUAAUCCCAGCAUUCUCAACACAGGUGCCAGUGAUUCAUCUGGUAUGAUCAUCACAGGGGGGAAAUCCAUAGUUUGAGGCUUUGUCAGGCUUGAUUUGCUGUCAGAGUAUACUCGCUGGAUUUUUUUAAUUUUUUUUGUGUGUGUGUGUGUA